AUGGCUGUGCGCUUCUCCACCGUCGCGGUGCUCCUGCUGGUGGUCGCCGGCGCACAGGGCGCCACCGACCCCAUGCGGACCAAGGGGCGCCAGGAGUCGGCCACUCCGACCUCCACGGCCGCGUCGGCGCCGGCCGCGGCCACCACGGCGGCGCCCGCACCCGCAGCCUCCGCGUCGACCGGGCCCUCGGCGCCGACCUCGGCCGGGCCGUCGGCCGGCGAGGAGCCCCCGUCAGGGCUGUCCGCGCCCGACGGCGACUGUGACCCGGACAAUAUCGGCUUCGAGCUCAUCACGGGCUACGUGUUCUCGGCGCCCAACGACCUCCUGGACUCGCUGCCGGGCACCCUCAUGCUGACCGACUGCCUCGAGGCCUGCCAGGGCAACGACUCGUGCCAGGCCGUCAACUACGAGACGGGCCUCUGCGUCCUGUUCAGCUCCAACGCCGACACCUACCCCGGCGCCCUCAGCAGGUCGCAGUUCCCCGUGUUCACGAUCUACGCCCAGAAGAGCUGUCUCGGCGUCAAGCCCUGCGAGCGUGCCUGGUGCUUCGACCGCGUGCAGGGAUACCAACUGUCGGGAUUCACGCGAAAGCAGACGCCGGCAGCGUCGCGGCAGGAGUGCCUGGAGCUGUGUCUGGGCGAACGAGAAUUCCCCUGCAGGUCCGCCAACUACCACAACAACACCGGCGAGUGCUCGCUCUCCGACAUGGACCGCCUGACGGUGGCCGGGUCGGGCGCCUUCCGGCCGGCGCAGGACACCGACUACCUGGAGAACAACUGCGUGGAGGAGCCCGUCAAGCUGUGCGAGUUCCGCAAGGUGGCGGGCCGCAUCCUCAAGACGGUGGACUCGGUCUACCAGGAGGUGGGCUCGGCGGACGAGUGCCGCGAGCUGUGCCUCAACUCGCCGUACCGCUGCCACUCGUACGACUACGGCGACACCGGCGAGCUGGUCUGCCGACUCAGCCACCACUCCAGGGCCACCCUCGCCGACAUCCAGGACCCCUACCUGGACGUGCCCGAGGCCUCGACUUACGAGCUGAGCGCGUGCUACAACGUGAGCGUGGACUGCCGCUCCGGCGACAUGGUGGCGCGCAUCAAGACCAGCAAGCUCUUCUCCGGCAAGAUCUACGCCAAGGGCUCGCCCAACUCGUGCGUGCAGGACGUGCAAGGCUCGCUCGACUUCGAGCUGCGCAUGGCCUACGACGACGUCGAGUGCAACGUCAAGCACCAGGGCCUGGGCCGCUACCUCAACGACGUCGUCAUCCAGCACCACGACACCAUCGUCACCAGCUCGGACCUGGGGCUGGCCGUCACCUGCCAGUACGACCUCACCAACAAGAGCGUCUCCAACGAGGUGGACCUGGGCGUGCGCGGCGAGGUCCGACCGGUGCUCACCGAGGAGGUCAACGUGGACUCGCCCAACGUGGCCAUGAAGAUCACCGACCGGCGGGGCAGCGAGGUGCUGCCCGCGGCCGAGGUGGGCGACCCGUUGGCGCUCCGCUUCGAGAUCCUGGACCGCCACUCGCCCUACGAGAUCUUCGUCCGGGAGCUGGUCGCCAUGGACGGCGUCGACUCGUCCGAGAUCGUCCUCAUCGACUCCAACGGCUGCCCCACCGACCACUUCAUCAUGGGCCCCCUCUACAAGUCCGUCGAGUCCGGCAAGGUGCUGCUGUCCUACUUCGACGCCUUCAAGUUCCCCUCGUCCGAGGUGGUGCAGUUCCGCGCCCUGGUCACGCCCUGCCUGCCCGCCUGCGAGCCCGUGCAGUGCGACACGGAGGACUCGUCGGGAGAGCUGCGCUCCGUGCAGUCCUUCGGGCGCAGGCGGCGGCGGCGCUCCACGUCCUCGACGGCCGUGUCCAGCCCCAGCGCGCGCGAGGACCUGCUGCUCGUGCAGAGCAUCCGCAUCAUGGACAAGUUCGGCUUCGACCCCAGCAAGCUGGCGGGCAACGCAAGCGAGAGCAGCACGGUGUUCGUGUCCGAGGACGGCUCGGCCGCCGUGUGCGUCAACCUGGCGGGCGUCGUGGUGGCGGGCAUCGUGUUCCUGGCCGCGCAGCUGGCCGUCAUCGCCGUGUGGACGUGCGUGUGGCAGCGCCGGCGCGGCAGCAAGCAGCGCCACCUCGACGCCAUGGACGGCAUGUCCGUCAGCGUGCCCUCCAUGCACUCGGGCCACGCCGGCAGCCACAGCAGCCACGGCAGCAGCCACGUCUCGCGCACCGACUCGCUGUGCAAGCUGUACGACACGGGCUACGCGCGCCGCUUCUAGGCCCAGCCGCUCCGAGGCCAGCCCGCCAAGCUCCCAGGCCAGACUCCACCCUGCGGUCGCGUGACCCGGCUGUGGACUCGGGGCCUUUGAGCUCGGCUUUGGCUGAGGCUUUGGCCCAGGCUUUGGCCGAGGCUUUGACC